UCGCAGUGGACCACUUACCCGAAUUUGAGUUGGGCGAAGUAAAUCCGGUAGCGGCGGUUGCCAUGUGCAACAACUAUGAUGACAUCGUUCCCCCACACUUCAAAUCAGACCAGACCCAGUCCUAGACACGGGUUUUCCUUCAAGUCAGACGCUGCUGAUCAGACUGCUCUAUAUCAUUAUAUAUUACUCUAGGUAUCUGACACCUUGGGAUCGACUUACAAAAUGCCUCCCACUCGUCGUCGCGGAGGCAACACUGCCGCUACCGCUUCUAACCAGGCGACUCUGUCGUUCGGCUCCAAGUCCAGAGUCACCAAGCCAUCGGUGGUGCCAUCGAUACGGUCCCAAAAAGCCAAAGACCUCGAGACACUCGAUGCCUCUCUAUCAAAGGAAUCUUCGGUCGAAGACAUAUCCGAGCCAGAACAAGUUCCUGUUACACCCACGGAGUCUCCGCAGCCACAUGUGGCAGAGCUUGCCGUGAGAAGCCAGGCCCGGGCGGAAAUCCAACAACCGCUGUCAUCAGAGGAUGAAAAAGCGGGGAAGGUUACUGAACUGCAGUUGCGGCAGUAUUGGAAGAGGGAGGAAGCAAGGAGAAAAGGCCCUCGAGUUCACCAAGCGGACCUCACGCUACGAGAAAGGAUUUUGCGGCAUUUUGACCUCUCUAGUCAAUAUGGGCCUUGCAUCGGAAUUGCUCGACUAAAGCGGUGGAGACGUGCACAUAUGCUUGGCCUCAAGCCCCCGAUUGAGGUACUCGCAGUACUGCUGAAGCAAGAUGACGAUGUCAAACAGAGAGCAUAUAUCGAUGAACUGAUGUCUUAACCAUGACACCAGAGGAACGCUACACAUAUAUGUUUGGUUCAUGGAACGAAGGUUAUUGAAGGUGGGAGUAUGGUUGACUUACUGGACAGGCGUUUUGGGAGAACUCUGCACAUACCCUUUGGAUUACUAUCGUAUAAAUGACCUACACUGGAUUUGUUACGAUGCUCCUUCAUGCCUAAGC